AUGUCUGGGAGAGGCAAAGCAAGGAAAGCAGCUGGUGGAAAGAAGCAUACUAAGUCUAAUAGAGCCGGUCUGGUGAUUUCGGUUAGCAGGGUUCAUCGGUAUAUGAAGAAGGGUCGUUAUGCAAGGCGGACGUCUAUUGCUGCAUCAGUAUACAUGUCUGCUGUCAUAGAAUACCUGGUGGCUGAGGUAAAUGAACUAUCCGGAAAUGCUGCGAAAGCAAAUAAAAGGAAGACCAUUACUCCAAGGCAUAUCAUGUUGGGUGUUCGUAAUGAUUCUGAGUUAAAUGAAUUGUUAAAACAUGUACACAUUAGUCAUGGUGGUGUUCUACCUUGUAUACAUCCAGCAUUAUUAAAACGAAAAGGUGUGCUAACAAAUUCUUCUAGUCAAGGUGGAAGUAAUAUUUCCGGAACAAAUGUAUCUUCACGUCAAGCUUCUUCUGGUAUCACUUCAAGUGCUAUGGUGACUUCAUAG